UACAGCAAUAAAGAGUUGAAAGGCAUGCUGGUCUGGUCACCCAACCACUGUGUUUCGGACGCCAAAUUGGACAAAUACAUCGCCAUGGCCAAGGAGAAGCACGGCUACAACAUUGAACAGGCUUUGGGGAUGCUCUUGUGGCACAAACACGAUGUGGAGAAGUCGCUGGCCGAUUUAGCCAAUUUCACGCCGUUCCCCGAUGAAUGGACGGUGGAAGACAAAGUCCUGUUCGAACAAGCCUUCAGCUUCCAUGGGAAAAGCUUUGCUCGGAUCCAGCAGAUGCUUCCUGACAAGUUAAUCCCCAGCUUGGUGAAAUAUUACUACUCGUGGAAAAAGACGAGAAGUCGGACAAGUGUGAUGGACCGGCAAGCCCGCAAGUUGCUCAGCAAGAAGGAGAAGGAUGACAGCAGCGAUGAACUGGAAGAGGCCCGCCAGGCCAGCGAAGGGGAAUUUGAUGCCAUGGAUCCCAAGAAGGAGCCUAGUUAUCCGAAGCCCCCCAGCAGCAAAGCUGGGCCAAUGAAAAAGGAGGUCCAGCUGCCCCAAUAUCGGCACCACCCUCUCCGUGCUCGCCGGCGCCCCCCGAAGGGCAUGUACCUGAGCCAGGAAGGCAUCACGGGCCUCUCCGCCAGUCCUGACAUGGCCGUGCUCACGUUGCGCCAUCUGGACUCCCAGUUGGUUUCGCUAAAACGCCAGGUGCAGAGCAUCAAACAGAUCAACAGCAGCAUGAAGCAGGCGCUAGGCGAAGGGAUACACAAACUGCGCCCCCCUGAGACUAACAUCAAGUUUAAUUCCCGCUGGACCACGGACGAGCAGCUGCUGGCGGUGCAGGCCAUCCGGAAAUACGGCAAGGACUUCCAAGCCAUCGCCGAGGUGAUCAGUAACAAGACGGUGGCCCAGGUGAAGACGUUCUUCGUCAGCUACCGUCGACGCUUCAACCUGGAGGAGGUGCUGCAGGAGUGGGAGGCCGAACAGGAGGGCCUGGCUCCAGCCCCCCCGCAAGGCAGCUCGCCCCCCCAGGAGCAGAAGAGCGGCAGCGAGGAAGAGGACGAGGUCCAGAUCACCGCUGUAUCGCGAUCGGCGCAGCCGCCCCCGCUGCCUGCCCAGCCGCCACAGCCUCCCCCCGCGCUUCCCCCGCUGCCCGCCUCCCCCCGGCCUCCCCCCGUCGCGCUCUCCCAGCCUCCCCCCUUGCUGAGGCCCACCCUGCCCACAGCACCCAUGCUGCACCGCCAGCCGCCCCCCCUGCAGCAAGGGCGCUUCCUCCAGCCCAGACUUUCCCUGAACACCCCCCCUCCUCCGUUGCGUGUGCAGGCC